GAGGCCGCUCACCUGUACGCAUUACAGGAAAAGGUUCUUAGAGUGGAGCUACCUCAGUAUACACCAGCAGAAAAUGCACAUGGCCCAUGAAUAGUGUAUACCCACUGGGUACACCACGUCAUUUCAACAUGGAGAAUUGGUCUGCAGUCCAUGAAGACCUGCUGAUAUCCGGUGUCACUGGCGGGAGAGAUUGGACCUAUGAAGCAGCUGGUCACAAACCCUGGCCCCGGCACAGGACCAUGGAUCAGGAGCCGUCACUCUUCCACAACCACUACACAGAACACAACCAGUGGACUGGUGGACUGAACAACCUCCGUCCUGGUGGUCAUCAGAGAGACAGAGGCUCCAGUCAGGGAUCAAGUCUGCAGCCCAGACCCUUCUCUUCACAGUCUCAGUGCAAGGAUGAAGCAGGGCCUGGGGCUGAUAGCGAUAGACCCUCCUGUUCCUAUGAUACAAACACCACAGUAUCCAUGAUGAACAGAGCAGGUCACACUGGGCUUCAGCCUUCACAGAGAGUGGUGGGAGACCCCCUUGGUGGUAAUCUAUCAGCAAGUCUGUCUUCUCCUUCAGGGUCUCAUCUAAUGCCUAGUGACUGGGUUCAUAGAAGACCUGGGUCUAGCCUUUCUCAGUUAUCUCAUGGUUACCCCACCAAUACAGACAGGGUCAUGAUGGGCGUUCACCACGAGAGGUACCUAGCCUAUAACACAGCACACAAUCCCAACAACACCCAAACAAUAGCUAGAGGUCAAGGAGGGAGCUCAAAGACUAACCACCUGAGGGUGGUGGCUCCUGCUUCUACCUCCUCUGGUGUCAUUGCGUCACAAUGUGGGAAGUUGAGCAUUAGGACUGACGCCGACAAGCCAUACGCCUGCCCCACGUGUGGGAAGUGCUUCGCUCAUGCGAACUAUGUGAAGACACAUCAAACCGUUCACACCAAGGACAAGCCCUUCAAGUGCAAACUAUGUUACAAGAGCUUCUCCUUCCUGACUAGCCUUAUCAGACAUAGGAGUGUCCACAAUGGGGAGAAAUCGUAGCAGUGUGGCUUGAGAUGUACGCAGGGGAUUUCUGGGAACUAUUCUUUAGCUAAAAUAUUAUAGUUAUCAUGUCUAGUGUUUUGGGGUAAGUGGGUAAUUAACCACAUACCCCUCAUUAACCCUUUUGUUAACUUGUCAUUUGAAACAGGUUUGUGUAAAUACCUGUUUUUAGAGAGACUGUAAACCUAGGCUAGUUCAAUCACAACUGAAUAGUUACCUUACU